UGUAUGUAUAUAUCUCAUUUUAUUCAUCUAUCCAUCUAUUGGUGAACAUUUAGAUUGUUUCUACCUUUUGACUAUCAUGAAUAGCACUGCAGUGAGCAUUGGUGUACAAGUAAAUAGCAACUUUCUUUAAUCUUUCAAAGCCAAUUUGUUUACUCGUAAGUUUUGCACAUUUUGGAGUUGCAUGUAAUUUAUUUCUCCUCUUACCUAAAGCAAAUUAUUCUUCUCCUAUGAGAAAACAUGAAGAUGAAGAUAGUUCCCAAACACAACGACACUGAAGCCACUGAGUUUGUCCUGCUGGGACUGACCAGUCGGCCAGAGCUGCAGCCCAUACUUUUUGUGGUGUUUCUCCUGAUUUACCUCAUCACCCUGACAGGAAACAUUGCCAUGAUUUUACUAAUCCACUUCACUCCUCAACUGCAAACCCCCAUGUACUUUUUCCUCACCCAUUUAGCCUGUGUGGAUAUUUUUUACUCCACUAAUGUCUCUCCCCAGAUGCUUGUUAAUUUCUUAUCUUUAAAGAAAACCAUUUCCUACACUGGGUGUCUUGCCCAGUGUUUUGUGUUUGUGGCUCUGCUCCUUACUGAGUACUACAUGCUCGGUGCCAUGGCCUAUGACUGGUACAUGGCAAUCUGUAAUCCCCUGCAUUACACCAGCAGAAUGUCCAGACCUGUUUGCAUCUGCCUGGUCACCUUCCCCUACUUGUGGGGCUCUAUGGUAGGCACAAUGCAGGUAAUAUUGACUUCUCACCUGUCCUUUUGUGGACCCAACACUGUCGACCAUUUCUACUGUGCUGACCCACCCCUCCUAAUGUUGACAUGUUCUGAUACUUACAUCAAGCAAACUGCCUUGUUUGUGUCUGCAGGGAUUAACCUCACAGGUUCUUUGCUCAUCAUCCUCAUGUCUUACAUUUUCAUUUUCAUCACCAUUAUGAGGAUGCACUCCAGUGAGGGGCAGCGCAAAGCCUUCUCCACCUGUGGCUCCCACUUGACAGCUGUCACGAUGUUCUACGGGUCCCUCUUGUGCAUGUAUCUGAGGCCGGCAAACAAGCAGUCUGUUGAGCAAGGGAAAAUUGUGGCAGUAUUUUGUAUAUUUGUGAGUCCCAUGCUCAACCCUUUCAUCUACAGCCUGAGGAACAAGGAUGUGAAACAAGCUUUGAGAAGAGCAUUUAGGAAAAACCUUGGUAAAAGGGAGAAAAGUUCCAUUUCUACUGUCUCCCAAUAAACAAUAAGUCUCAAAAACAACCAAAACUAUCUCUUCCCUUGGUUCAGCCUGAAUCCAGUUGUCUGGACUAUCAAUAUUUUUCAUGUAUACAUAGUUCGGGAUCAAUUGAAAAUCUAAUGGAAAUUAUGAAUUGAUGAUUGAUGAAAACACAAGAACAGAAAGUAGGGUCGUAUUUUUAGUCUAACUUAGGAACUCAUCUCUACCUGAUUAAUUAGCAAGUAAGUUUUUAGUUUCACUCUCUGUUGUUAUUAGGUGCUGUUGAGUCAUUUCCAACUCACAGCAACCCUUAUAUACAAAGGAGUGAAACACUUCCUGGUCCUGCACCAUCCUCACAAUUCCUCCCAUGUUUGAGCCCAUUGUUGCAGCCACUGAGUCAAUCCAUCUAUCCAAGGGUCUUCUUUUUUGCUGACCCUCUACUUU